UUUUAGCUUCUUAUUAUGAUUUGAUCUCUUCUUCCUCUUAUUGGAAAUAAUAUUAUUCAAGUAGCAACAGCUAAUCAAUUUUGACCUACUCUUCUCAAGUAGAGAGAGGAGAGAGAAGAGAGCACAAUGACCAGAAUGCUAAUGAGCUCUCCGGCCAUCGACGCCGUGGCCAACUGGUGGGAUGAGAUCAACGAGUCCGUUGUAUGGCAAGACGGAAUAUUUUACUCUCUCUGCGCUGCCUAUGCCCUUGUUUCCUCCGUUGCACUUAUUCAAUUGAUAAGAAUUGAACUUAGGGUGCCCGAAUAUGGUUGGACCACGCAAAAAGUGUUCCACCUCAUGAACUUCAUAGUAAAUGGAGUGCGUGCUAUCGUAUUUGGAUUUCAUAAGAAUGUUUUUCUUCUACAUCCUAAGGCUCUCUCUUUGGUUUUGCUGGAGUCUCCUGGCUUGCUCUUCUUCUCCACAUAUACUCUUCUAGUUCUUUUUUGGGCAGAGAUAUAUCAUCAGGCCAGAUGUCUGCCAUCAGAUAAACUAAGAAUCUGUUACUUCGCCAUCAACAGUGGAGUAUAUUUUGUGCAGGCUUGUAUCUGGGUGUACCUUUGGAUAGAUGACAACAGCACUGCAGAAUUUAUUGGAAAGAUAUUUGUUGCAGUGGUGUCAUUUGCAGCUGCAUUAGGAUUUUUGCUGUAUGGAGGAAGGUUGUUCAUCAUGCUAAGACGCUUCCCUAUUGAAUCUAAAGGGAGGAGAAAGAAACUUUAUGAGGUUGGAUCUGUAACUGCUAUAUGCUUCACUUGUUUCCUUAUAAGGUGCUUCGUGGUUAUGCUCUCAGCCUUUGAUUCAGAUGCAUCACUUGAUGUAUUGGACCAUCCAGUUUUGAAUGUAAUCUACUAUAUGCUGGUUGAGAUUCUUCCUUCAGCUCUUGUUCUGUACAUCUUGCGCAAGCUGCCUCCAAAAAGAGUACCAUCAGCACAGUAUCACCCUAUACGGUAGCGAAUGCAUGAAAAAGGCCAUAUAUACAUAAAUUUGUUGGCAUUCUUGGCAAGACUGAAAUUGGAACCUGCAACCAACCAGAUUUAUUAUCACUCUGGGUUGGCUCUGGUCAUGAGAUUUCAUUUUGCGUGUAUUUUGUGGGAGUCCGAUGUCAACGAUGCCGAUCUAUUAAAUUCUGGUGUUUAGAAGUUAGCCAUUUUAUUCAUCUCAGUCUGCUUUGUAUUGUGCAGAAUUUGGCCAUUCUGUCAGCAUAGUUUGUAGUUGCUUUUAUGGUUAUAAAUAAUUGUCAAGAUUUAGAAUUCUAUGCUUAAGUUAAAAUGUCAUAAAAAUGUGUUAGUUUCAGUUUCUCAAA